AUAGAUUGGGUGCGCAUCUUUCAUGAGUGGCACUUUUACAUCUCAAAGUGAGGGAGAGAUCCACAAGAGUUUACGUUUGCCAGAAUGACAGCAUGAAGAUAUUUCUGCAAAAAUUACUGAAGCCCUGACUGAUUUUUUUUUAUGUUCUGUAUAAAGAUUUCAACUGUUUAUGUAGUCUGCUUAAUGUUAAAGAGAAUGCCUAUAUCCUUUCUGAAUUCAGCUGUGUGGUCUCAUUCGGCAGUUAGACACAAAUAACAGUUAUUAGCUACGACAACAGGGUGUAAUAACAUUAACAACGGACUAUAUAAUACAGUAUAGUUCAACUCACUCAUCAUUAUUACCCAGGCAACCAAGAGAUAGACAGUAAAGCGAAUAAGAGUGAAAACGACAUGUGGGCACCAAGAGGGAGCACUUCUCUCUACUAUUGCACUGAGGCAAAGCAAAGGAAACCUUUAUGACUAAGCAAAGGGAUCAAAACUCAAAGAUGCAUGCUGUUCAACAAGAGGAAAUACUUCCUCAAUAAAGGAGUUACACAAUUCAGGGACUUCCAAUGUUCACUGUAGAAAGGGAACAUAUAUUUCAAUAACAUAAUGUCAGGAAUGCCAGCUGUUACGACAGCUUCCAUUUCAAAACAGGUUUUCAGCCCAACCCCCCCUCAACCAAGAAAUAUUACCACUUCCUCAUGCCAUUAUUUGCAGAACUAUUUGCUCUCUAUAAAAGGAGUAUUAGGGCAUUUGUUCAGAAGGUUCAGAAGGUCCAGGAAGGUGGCCAGGUCAGUUCUAUGAGGCAAGAUGGCUGGCUGGCUGGGCUUUCAUCUGGCUGUGAUCUGCUUUGCUGUCAUGUCUAUGGAGAGAGGAAGCUUUGGAGAAGAGACUGAAGCCAGCUGCUGUGCACAGCUGAAGAGCUUAUCACAGUGUGGAACGGACAAGGUCUUUUUCCAAGGCCAGGCAGGCAUCCCAGGAAUUCCCGGCAUCCCAGGAACAAAUGGGUUGCCUGGGACGAAGGGAGACCCCGGCCCCCAGGGCCCCCCAGGUGAGAGAAGCUCUGCUGGGGCACCUGGGAAAGCUGGACCCAAGGGAGAGAAAGGAGAGCAAGGAGAGGCAUGCACAAUUGCCAGCUGUCAGCAUCAAGAGACAGGAGCCAAAGACUGCAAAGAGCUUCUGGAGCGUGGAGAGACACUGAGUGGUUGGUAUACAAUCUACCCUGCCACGGGGAAAACAAUGAGUGUCUUCUGUGAUAUGGAGACUGAUGGAGGAGGCUGGCUGGUUUUCCAGAGGAGACAGGAUGGAUCAGUGGAUUUCUACCGUGACUGGAAAUCUUACAAAAAUGGGUUUGGAAACCAAGCAUCAGAAUUUUGGUUGGGAAAUGAUAACAUCCAUCUUCUCACAAGUUCAGGAACACAGCAGCUGCGGAUUGAUGUGAAGGACUUCAGUAACAUUAAAACUUAUGCAACAUACAGUAGUUUCAAAAUCUCAAGCGAGAAAGAAAAUUAUACACUUUCAGUGGCCUCUUAUAUGGAUGGCAAUAUGGGUGAUUCAUUUUCUGGACACAGGGGCUUUGCAUUCUCCACACGAGACAAGGACAAUGAUAUACAUGAAUCAGGAAGCUGUGCUGUGAUGUAUAAGGGAGGCUGGUGGUAUGGUGUUUGCCACUCUUCCAACCUGAAUGGCCUGUACCACAGAGGGGAACACACCUCUUAUGCUGAUGGCAUCAACUGGGCUACUGGAAAGGGACACCACUAUUCUUAUCAAUAUGUAGACAUGAAAAUUCGACCUCAGUAAAUAAAAUAUCUCUCUCUUCGAACUA